AUGACAGAAGACAAGGUCACCGGGACCUUGGUUUUGGCUGUCUUCACUGCUGUGCUGAGUUCCUUCCAGUUUGGAUAUGACAUUGGUGUGAUCAAUGCACCUCAACAGGUAAUUAUAACCCACUAUAGACAUGUUCUGGGUGUUUCACUGGAUGACGGAAUAGCUAUCAACGACUAUGCUCUCAACAGUACAGAGGAAUUGCCCACAAGCCCAGGAGAUCCAACACCAGUCUCUUGGGCUGAGGAAGAGGCUAUGACAUCAGCUAGCCUCAUCACCAUGUUCUGGUCCCUGUCUGUGUCCAGCUUUGCAGUUGGUGGAAUGAUUGCAUCGUUCUUUGGAGGGUUGCUUGGGGACAAGCUUGGAAGAAUCAAAGCCCUGUUGGUAGCAAACAUUCUUUCAUUAGUUGGAGCUCUCUUGAUGGGGUUUUCGAAAUUGGGACCAUCUCACAUUCUUGUAAUUUCAGGAAGAGGCAUAUCAGGACUCUACUGUGGGCUAAUUUCAGGCUUGGUUCCAAUGUACAUUGGUGAAAUUGCUCCAACCACACUCAGGGGUGCCAUUGGUGCUCUUCAUCAGCUGGCCGUUGUCACGGGCAUUCUUAUUAGUCAGAUUGUCGGCCUUGACUUUAUCCUGGGCAAUCAUGAGCUAUGGCACAUCCUGCUUGGUUUGUCUGCUGUGCCAGCCAUUCUCCAAUGUCUGUUGCUCUUCUUCUGUCCAGAAAGCCCCAGAUACCUUUACAUCAAGCUGGAUGAGGAAGCCAAGGCAAAGAAAAGCUUGAAAAGACUCAGAGGAAGUGAUGAUGUCACCAAAGAUAUCACUGAGAUGAGAAAAGAGAGGGAAGAAGCAUCAAAUGAAAAGAAAGUCUCCAUAAUUCAGCUCUUCACCAAUGCCAGCUACCGACAGCCUAUUCUAGUGGCAUUGAUGCUGCAUGCGGCUCAACAAUUUUCUGGAAUCAAUGGGAUAUUUUACUACUCAACCAGCAUUUUCCAGACAGCUGGAAUCAGCCAACCUGUUUAUGCAACCAUUGGAGUUGGUGCUGUCAACACAGUUUUCACUGCUGUCUCUGUGUUCCUCGUGGAGAAGGCAGGGCGACGCUCUCUGUUCCUAAUUGGAAUGAGUGGAAUGUUUGUUUGUGCCAUCUUCAUGUCGGUGGGACUUGUGCUUCUGAAUAAAUUGCCUUGGAUGAGUUACGUGAGCAUGACAUCCAUCUUCCUCUUUGUCUGUUUUUUUGAAAUUGGGCCAGGCCCCAUCCCCUGGUUCAUGGUGGCUGAGUUCUUCAGUCAAGGACCACGCCCUGCUGCUUUAGCAAUAGCUGCGUUCAGCAACUGGACGGGCAAUUUCAUUAUAGCUCUGUGUUUCCAGUACAUUGCGGACUUCUGCGGACCUUAUGUGUUUUUCCUUUUUGCUGGUGUGGUCUUGGCCUUUACUCUAUUCACAUUUUUUAAAGUUCCAGAAACCAAAGGAAAAUCCUUUGAGGAAAUUGCAGCAGAGUUCCGAAGGAAGAGGGGUUCAGCUGAAACGCCCAAAGCUGCUGUAGAAAUGGAAUUCCUGGGACCUACAGAAACCAUGUAG